AUGAUCAUCUCAGUUGAAUCUAAGAAAUCGUAUUUAAGAAUAGUUAGUUACUAUUGGGUUAGUCUUGGAUUGUGUGUUUGGAUUGGGUUGUUAUGUGGUGUUAAUGCAACAUGUGCUAAAUUAGAGCUAAGUGCAAACAGUAGCACAACACUACCAACUCCAGCAGAAAUGAUUAAAACGUUAAAGACAAUUGGGUUUAGCUUUGAUGUAGAGGAUCCCAAAGUCCAGAUAGAACCAUAUGUAUCUACCCUGCAACAAGAGCCUGCAACAGAACUCAAUCCGAUAAGAACAACUCCUCCUAUGUAUGCAGUAACGUGUUUUCCCGCGCAUCUCCGAUUUAAACUACCCGAAUAUCCUGAUUUAAUCACUGCCCAUGUGGCCUUAGAAGAGCUAAGAAAGAUUUCUACUAUCAAGGUCCUAUUUGGCCAUGUUAUUUGGGAGCCAAACACAACAAUAUUUCAUCAGAUAAACCUCUUAAUUCUUACUCGAGUGUCUAAUAUACUUGAUUGUGACACAAUGAACCAAUGCGUAUGUCCUUCUUUAGAGAACCAAGACUACACACGCCUGAUAAAAUUGGGUGCCAGUCAAAGCGAAGCAGAGGAUGCGGUUAAGUAUGCUGUUUAUGAGAAAGCCUGCCAACUCGAGCUUUAUACUCCCAGAAGAACUAGACUUCCAAACCUAGAACCUAGUGGUGUCUUCUUUAUGCGACCAUUUAAUCGUGUUUUCUUAAGGGGCAGUGCAGUUUAUGAUGCGCAUCUCCUUAGUCAGCUAUCUUUAACCUCUGAUUAUUCUCUUUCGUUUGCUAUACCACCCAAACCCAUUAAUAUUGAUCUUAGAGUUCUCCGCACAUCAUCUUCUAUAUGUAAAGAAAUCAUCAUUGAUGGCUCUGCUGGCAUCCAAGUAACACUAAGUGGGCUUGAUAAUGCUACGGCUAAGCACCCAGAAAUAGUUCUGAAGUCAACUUGGGAAGUGUUUUUAUAUCUAGCCAGAAACAACCAAAGUGACAUUCAUGUUCGAGCUAUUUCUGAUUUCUCUAUUGAGUCUCAUAGUCUUCAAAGAAUGCUUCUUUCCUCGCAACUACCGUAUCCCUCCCAGUUACAUCUCUUUUCCAACGUUGUUGUUGCUAGAAUUUCCCCUAUUCUGCCCUGUCGUGCCCUAGAUCUAUACAAAUUCGUCUACAGCCCAGCUGCAUUAGCCAAGUUUGGUAUCAUAACUGGCACCGUCUCCGUCCACUAUAAAUUGGACCGAACCGACCUGUAUGACACCAUAAACAUGUUUUGCAAGAUCAAUGCUUUACCAGAAAUUCCCCAGGAAAUUGAUGAUGAUAUCACCUGCUGUGGCACAGCGCUUAGUGAUCCAGAUUGGGAGCUUAAAACACCAGUCUUAAUUCAACUCGAUCACCCCGACUUUGAUGCGUCUCUCAAGCAAUACACAGACCUACACUUUGUAAGCUUCUGUGAGAAUAUACGUUAUACGACCAUCAGUAUUAACGGGUCCCCAACCGGUAACCCAAUCAAAGAAAUCGAAAGAUGCAUACAUAUUUUGUCCAUAUUCCAUAACCUCACCGCCACCGAAGUCAAGAUAUCAAAUAUAGGAGGUGUAAAUAGCUCCAAUAGCCUACUUGACAUAAAUGCUUCUAAUCAAGCAAUAGCUCAAGGCAUCCACAAUAACUUCAAUGUCCGUCGGCUAGUAAUAGACAAUGUCGAUAAUCAAAUUAUCUAUUGGCUGCUAGGCUAUUACAACUUUGUUGGAUCAAUCGAAGUACACGUCCUCAACCAAAAAUUCACUAACCUAGCUAUUGUCCAACUUCUUACCCAUCCCAUGCUCCAAUCAAUCACAUCACUCGUUAUUAACGAUUUCGCCACUCUAAAUGAACUUAUAAACUAUCCACAACCACCACAACCCGGCCAAUUCUCAUUAUUCAAGUACAUAGAGGAUAAAAGACAAGAAGGCGAAACUAUCCUAAGUCUUGGUUUACACAAACUAGCUCUACAACUAGAAGGAAUCCCAUUUGAUCCAUACCACGAAGUCCUACGCAAAUUAUGGACUUAUAGCAUCCUUCCUCUAGACAUACCCCUUAAAACCUACCUCACCUGGAUAUCCAUCCCUAAUUCAACUAUCUUAAGCAAAAGCGAGCUACUACUCUCUAGCAUUACUUUAACCGACCUUUCCAAUGACUCAAACCACUACCAAGCCAGCCUAACCAAUCCAUUCCAAAUCUCCCAACUACUAAGAAGGUCGGUUGCAAAGCUACACCUCUACUUCACACCCGGCCAAACACUAACUCAAACAGACUUCACUACAAUUAUCCGCUGGAUAUCUUGCCGAUUCACCGGCCUAACCACACUCUACCUAGCCAACUUACAAGUCCCACCCAACGAACAGGCCCAACUAACCACCCAAGACUAUCUACUUCUAGACCUAACCCAACUCACUACGAUUCAAAUCCAAGACAUCAAUUCCGAGCCCAAUACAUACAUUGAAAUAGCCAUUAAACCCCAUCUUACCCACCUCUUACUCCAUACCCCUAACCCCCAGCCCGAAUUCACCGCCGUAUCACAUACACUACUAACCCAAAUGUUCACUCUAAUCAAUGAACUUAAAAUCCCCAUCCCCAUCCCCACGGCCCUCACCACCAAAUCAUCUCUCAUGGCAAUCGUCAAACAUCUCCGAGACAAUCGAGAUGCACGAGAAAGCAUCAUCUGUUCACUUUGUGAUGCUAGACUAUUCCUACCCGCCGACAAUGGCAACACCAACCCCAACAACAACCCCGAUGGCACCAACGAAGAUAACAACGACAAUAGCAAUGGCGAACCGUGUUCUAAAAAGCCGCGUCUCAACUCACUCCUAUACCAACACAUACCACCCACUACCUUCACCGCACUCUGUUACUUCAAAUGUUCCCACUUCGCUUGCAUUAACUGUACCACCAGUUGGUUCAAUCUCCACCAAGAGAAAACCUGUCCUUUCUGCCGCGCCCCAAGGAUCGACCAAAACAUCCACCAACUUCUCAACUACCCAUUCACUAGUUUUAUUCUCAAUCCAGACAACCCCACCACCCCAAGCAAUUCCGAAGCCCAACUCAAACUUCUCCUCAGCCCCCACCACGACCAAGUCUACUUCUACCAACCAUUUACCUGCAUAACCGAACUUUCCAACAGCAUUACCCCCAACUCCACCUACAACAACUCCCAACCCCUCUAUCUCAUCUAA